AGAGAGAGAGAGAGAGGAGAAGAGAAGGGAGGCGGCGAGGGAAGAGCAAGCGCGGGGCUGCUCCGGAGCCAGCAGAACCUCCUCGGACAGCUGCCCCAGCCGGGCCCCAGCAGCUUGCGUGGUCGGAGGAGAAGCAGCUGCCACCGCGGCCGCCAGAGCCGGGCCUCGCCCGCCCCUUGCCGCCGGCUCGCGGGUGCCAGUGCGGCCCCGGGACUCCGCUGCCCGCUCAGCGGCCGGGAUGCAGCCGGGGCAUGGCCGCCGGCCCCCCGUCAUCUGCCGCGGGGAGCGCUGAGCCCGUUGAAAUUCUGUCUGUAAGAACCUAACCUUCUUCCUGUGAUACCUGCUCUUCCCUGGCGACCCUCCUUGCCAAGGACCAUCCAGAAACAGCCCCUCUGGGGCCUCCCUGUACAGCAAAGUGACCUCACCUCCCACUACAAGUCACAGCAGCCAGAGGAAAUUCUGCCACCAUUUUCCCGGAGCUGGUGUGCAGCCCCUCCCGCUGGGAACCUGCUCCUACAGCCAUCCCUCUGCACACAGAGAGCCCAGAGUGCCUCGGGGAAAAUUGGCUGAAUAAAAGAGCGAUCAGGACGCCACGGCUCCGCCUGAAGCGAUGGCCCAGCCCUACCCCCCAGCCCAGUACCCCCCUCCGCCACAGAACGGCAUCCCUGCCGAGUACGCCCCUCCCCCACCGCACCCCACGCAGGACUACUCCGGCCAGACCCCGGUCCCCCCAGAGCAUGGCAUGACCCUGUACACACCAGCACAGACCCACCCUGAGCAGCCAGGCUCCGAGGCCAGCACACAGCCCAUCGCCGGGACCCAGACAGUGCCGCAGACAGAUGAGGCGGCACAGACGGACAGCCAGCCGCUCCAGCCCUCCGACCCUGCAGAGAAGCGGCAGCCCAAGCGGCUACACGUCUCCAACAUCCCCUUCCGGUUCAGGGACCCCGACUUGCGGCAAAUGUUCGGGCAAUUCGGAAGAAUCUUAGACGUGGAGAUCAUCUUUAAUGAGCGGGGCUCCAAGGGUUUUGGGUUUGUAACUUUUGAAACUAGCUCAGAUGCUGACCGAGCCCGGGAGAAGCUGAAUGGGACGAUCGUAGAGGGACGGAAAAUUGAGGUCAAUAAUGCCACGGCCCGAGUUAUGACCAAUAAGAAGACGGGGAACCCCUACACCAAUGGCUGGAAGCUAAAUCCAGUGGUCGGCGCCGUCUAUGGGCCUGAAUUCUAUGCAGUGACGGGGUUCCCCUACCCCACCACCGGCACAGCCGUUGCCUACCGGGGCGCACAUCUUCGGGGCCGGGGCCGGGCCGUGUAUAACACAUUUCGGGCUGCGCCGCCCCCGCCCCCCAUCCCGACUUACGGAGCGGCACUGGAGCAAACGCUUGUUAAAAUGCCAGUCCCAUGGGCGGGGCUGGCACCGUGCCCCCUCCCUCCUCAGCAGACACCGGAGCCGGCCUACCCCACCUCUCCAGCGUUCCCACCACUUUCUUGUCCGUUUGCUUCCAGGGUCGUGUAUCAGGAUGGAUUUUAUGGUGCUGAGAUUUAUGGAGGCUAUGCAGCCUACAGAUACGCUCAGCCCGCUGCAGCGGCGGCAGCCUACAGCGACAGUUACGGCAGAGUCUACGCAGCUGCUGACCCGUACCAUCACACCAUUGGGCCCGCGGCGACCUAUAGCAUUGGAACCAUGGCUAGCCUCUGCCGAGGAGGGUACAGCCGCUUCACCCCCUACUAGCAAGAGACCCAGCCCCUAACAGCAUUCACACUGACUGCCUCUCACAAACCACACCCAACAGCCCAAAACCAGGCACAGCCACCAGGAAGACAGUGCACCCCUCCCGGCCAGCGACACGCGCGGCUGGCCCUCUGCGACUCUAAAGUCCAUAGUUUUCCUCUCCAGCCAGCUGGUCUCCCCACCCCACCUGUGCUGGUGUGUGUGUCUUUGACCCUGGUUUUUCCUGUAUGUCUGAAACCGUGAUUUCCUAUUUUGUGUUUGUUGAUGUUGUACUGCCCCAGCCAUGCAGGUACGGUACGCGAACCACGGGGUCCAGGCUGGGCCAGGAGACCAGGCAGCCCCCGAGCCCGGAGGGGCAGUAGCGCCCUGUGGGGGCAAGAGCCUCGUAUCCUGGCCUGCCAGGCUGCACAGAGUGGCAGAAACGCCCGGCAGGGCCUCCCCCAGAGCCACCCAGCCAGCCCCACGCCACAGCCCUAGUGUGUGGCACCCUGACGCAGGGAGGGAGGGGCUCCAGGCGCCCAGUGUGGGUCCCCGGCUGAGGAUGCUCCUGCCAGCCUCCACCCAGCCAACCACAGGACUAGCUGUCGCUCCUCCUUGCCCCAUCGGCUGAAACUAAUAUUUUUAAUUAAAUUUUAUUGACGAUAA